AUGGCCGAUGAACUCGCAACCAAGUGCUCAUCCCUCAGCCUUGAGGAUAAGGAGAAUGAUCUUGUGGAUUUAGGAGGUGAAGAAAAAUCAGAAACUCCGAACAAUCUUGCUGUAUUUCUGGUUGGAAAGCUUCUCACACAUAGACCCUAUAAUGUGGAGGCUUUUAAACGAACGAUGACAAAGGUAUGGGAGCCAUUGCAUAACCUUGUGAUUAGAGUAAUUGGACAUAAUCUAUAUGCGUUUCAAUUUUUUCACUGGAAAGAUAGAGAGAAUGUGUUGAAAGGUAGACCUUGGUGUUGGGAGAACAAUUUACUAAUGCUGCAAGAGGGAUCUGGAGAUGAACAGCCUAAGGGUGUUACCCUCACGCACUUACCGUUCUGGAUUAGGGUGUGCAAUCUACCUUUUAAUUGUCGAACGAAUGAUGACCUAAAAAUCCUAACUGCUAAUUUGGGAGAGAUGUUGGAAUUGGAGGAUGAUUUUUUGGGACUUAAUCGCUAUAGGAGAGUUUGUAUAAUAAUCGAUGUGCAAAAACCCCUUAGACGCUAUCAAUGGAUGAAAGACAAGAGUGGUAACAAGGUCAAAAUAGAGUUUAAGUAUGAACGACUCCCCUAUUUCUGUUUUGCGUGUGGAAUCAUGGGUCACUCUGAGAAAUAUUGUGUGGCCAUCCCCAAGGAAGGAAAGAGCAAUAAAUUGGGCUGGGGCAUGUUCUUGAAGGUCUCUCCACGGAGAGGUUUUGCCAAAGAAACAGAGGAAGUCGCUCCGAUUGCUGCUGCCCGCAAGCUGUUGUUUGUGACGAAAGGGGAGGAGGAGGUUUCUAAUGGUGUCACUCCAAAGCCGAUCAGUCUGAAGGAGGGGCAAAUGGGGGUGUUUUGGACGAAGAGAGGGUGUAGGUAG